GCAGUUAGGAUGUCUAGCGUAUAGUUCUGUCAUUUAUUCUAUGGAAACUUGUCUGGUAUCUUCUGUACUCUUUCCGUUUCACACACACUCACGCACUUGUCUUCUCUCUUUCUUUCUCCGUCUCUUUCUUCGACCGCAGCAGCUGAUUUCACUGAAAAUGCAACUAGCCACUGUGUUAGCCACAACUUCGACAGUCGCUUAUACAGGCUUAUGUUAUUCAACAAAAACUCUACAGAAAUGUGACAGCACCUGCUGGAUUCGAACAAUGAUCGUUCUGAAAUAUAACCAAUUUAUUGCGGAUAAAUUUUAAUAACAAAAUCUUAAGUGGACCCCAAAGGGCCAUGUGGACCCCAGCUGAGAAAUAUUGGCCUAGAGUAAUCCUGAGAUGGCAGCACUUUCUGUUGGAAAGGUAAGCCACAUAUCUGGUGAUGUUAAUAUGAGACAACUCUUGCACUGAUCUGUGAGAUGAAGAAGUGAUGGUGCAAAUGCAGUUUCUUCCUGAACACGUGUGGAUGUAUUAGCAACUGAUGAACAGAUCACGUGGAAAUAUACAUGGCAGAUACUGUCUGAGAAUUAUGGAGGGCAAUCAUUAUUAAUAUGGAAGUAGCACCAGAACAACACUCACUAGAGUAACUGUUUCUCACUGGAUUUAACAUAUACUGAACUCACUGGAGUAAUAUUUCCUGCAAUAAAUAUCUCUCAUUGGAGUAACACUCGUUGAAGUAAUCACUUUCACUUGGAUUGGAAUAACACUCAUUGAAGUAAAUCACUUUCACUUGAGUAACACAGAAGUCGUACAUUUAAUUUUUUUUCCUUUCUCUCACUCACUGGAGUAAUUUUCAUUGAAUUAAAACACUCUCAUUGGAGUAUCACUUAUUGAAGUAACUCUCUUUCUGUCUCUCUCUUGCAUUUUCUUCCUGGGGUAAUAUUACCAGAGAACUGAACCAAACACAAAGUUGAGUUAUUUGAGUUCAACUUACUUUUUUUCAAUUGCAUUUUUUUAAUUUCAAACAUACCGAAAUCUAAAAACAAGAAAGUCUCUUUAAAAAUUGAAUAAUCUAACAAAAAAAAAAAAAAUACCACAAGAAGUCUUACAAAUAUAUGUUUAUACAAAAUCUUUUCAUAAUUUAAAUUUUACACUUUUAUGAAACCAACUUUGUUAAGUUUUCUCUCAAAGGAAUCAAUCUUUGAGCAAAUUAUAUUGCUGAGUUUACUCAGGCUCAAACAGGCUCAAACAGGCUCACUGAGGCUUAAAGAGAAAACUGGCAAAAUAAAAGACUUUUUAAGAAUCUCCAGCACAAAAUAGAAUGGCAAUGCAGUGGCAAAAGCUUAGUCCAGCUCAGUUCCACCAACUGCAAGAAUAUUGCAACUUUUCUCCCAAGAAAGUUAAGGAGGUUAUGCAAGAAUUUAGUCCCAAUGGAGUCCUUUCAAAUUACAAUCCUGAUCAGCCAAUCGACUAUGAAGGAUUUUUGAUAUUUAUGCAGACGUACUUAGACAUGAAAGAGGUUCCUGAAGAACUAUGCAAAGCUCUAUUUCAGUCCUUUAUGAAAUCAGGUGCUGAUGUUCAAGGUGUCCAAGGUUCAAUUCUUAUCAAAGACGUGGUGUGCUACCUGUCACUUGUGGAAGGAGGAAGUCCCGGAGAAAAGCUGGAAUUUAUGUUCCGCUUAUAUGACAGUGAUAACAAUGGUUACCUGGAUUCCAAUGAAAUUGAUUGUAUCAUCAACCAAAUGAUGUCAGUUGCUGAGUACCUUGGUUGGGAUGUUUCCGAGCUAAAACCGAUUCUGCAAGACAUGAUGAGAGCCAUUGACUACGAUUCCGAUGGAAGAGUGACACUUGAAGAAUGGAAGAAGGGUGGCCUUACAACAAUCCCGCUUUUAGUCCUGCUUGGUCUUGAUGUUAAUGUCAAAGACGAUGGUACACAUUGUUGGUAUCUAAAGCAUUUUCGUUCCCAGAUGUCUUGUAAUAUGUGUAAAUCUGUUUUGUCUGGUAUGGGAAAAAAAGGAUUAUGUUGCCAAUUUUGUAAAUAUAUUGUACAUGAACGCUGUGUGCAGAAGGCCCCAGCAUCUUGUAUUAUGACCUAUGUGAAAUCUAAGAAAUCUUUCCAGGAUAUGCAGCAUCACUGGAUAGAUGGAAACUGUACCAAAAAAUGUGAUAAAUGCAAAAAGUCUAUUAAGUCCGGCAUCAAUGGCAAAACAUGUCGAUGGUGUAAAGCAUCGUAUCAUGAAAAAUGUGCUUCGAGUAUAAAACAAGAAUGUGAUUUAGGAGAGUUCAGAGAGCAUAUUUUACCACCGACAUCCAUUGUUCCAGCAGUUGUGGAGUUAGCACGAAGACGUUCUCUUGUUGGAGAAGAGAGCAUAAAUUUUAAAUCUGAAGGAAACGCUGUUCAUUAUUAUGAGGUCAUUCAGGAUAUAUACAACAAUCAACGAUGUAUAAGCCCCAUGAAUCAAAGCUCAUUCCAAAUUGAUCCUGUGCCUAACACACAUCCACUGUUAGUAUUUAUCAACCCAAAGAGUGGAGGAAAACAAGGCGAAAAAAUUUUUAGGAAGUUCCAAUACAUUCUAAAUCCUAGGCAGGUCUAUAAUUUGACGAAAGGUGGCCCUAAGGCUGGGCUGCAGUUCUUUAAAGAUGUAAAAUGUGCACGUAUCCUUGUAUGCGGCGGAGAUGGUACUGUAGGUUGGAUUUUAGAUGCUAUGGAUAAAAUGAAUAUUGAGCCACGCCUUCCUGUAGCUGUUCUUCCAUUGGGUACUGGAAAUGAUUUAGCUCGUUGUCUCAAUUGGGGUCCAGGAUAUGAAGGAGAAAGUUUAGAGAAAAUUAUUCAUUCUAUUGAGAAAAGUACCGAAGUGAUGUUAGAUCGUUGGCACAUUGAGGUGAAGGAUGUUGAAGAAAGUGGUGAACCUGGUGACGCUGUACCGCUUAAUAUCAUCAACAACUAUUUUUCUAUUGGAGUGGAUGCUUCCAUUUGCCACCGUUUCCAUACAAUGAGAGAAAAACAUCCAGAGAAAUUUAAUAGCAGAAUAAAGAACAAAAUGUGGUAUUUUGAAUUUGGUACAUCAGAAACGUUUUCUGCAACUUGCAAGAGCCUGCAUGAAAAUAUUGAAGUAUCGUGUGACGACUGUUCUCUAGAGGUGCAUAAAGGUUCUGGUCUUGAAGGUAUUGCCAUGUUAAACAUACCAACCAUUUAUGGUGGAGCAUCUUUGUGGGGUGAAAACCCAACCAAAAAACAAAAACAAAAGAUACUUAAAAGUGUCAAGAAAAAGAAAGACCAAAAGACUUACCCUCAGUCCAAAACUGAACUCCAAGCUUGCAUUUCAGACAUUGGUGAUAAAUUAUUUGAAGUUGCUGGAGUGGAAAACAGUCUGCAUGCUGGAAUGGUUAGCGGGAAAGUCAGGUCUGGGAAUCGAUUAGCGCAGACAUCUAAUCUAAAGAUAAAAACUAAAAAACGGGUGCCGAUGCAAAUUGAUGGAGAGCCUUGGGUACAAAAUCCUUGUACGAUAAUCAUAACUCAUAAAAACCAAGCACCAAUGCUCAUGGGACCGAAAGACAAGGUUCCUACUGGAUUCCUUAAAAUUUUCCGAUGAAUAAUAUCAGGUAUGUAACCUGUUUAUU